AUGGUGACACGCGUCUGCCCACACGACGCGCCUGCCAUGCUCGCGCUCUUGAAGCAUCGAGGCCGGCGGGUUGUCAACGUCGAUGGCAUGGAAUCCGACGGUGCAUAUGCCGCGUUUGUGGCUGUCGCAGCAGGCGCGUUUGCUCCAGUUAAGGCCUCCAACUCGCGCAUAGGGAAGCUCUCCAUUCCGGGAGACCCGGACGUUCACCUGUUGUGGGGGCAGACCGUCCCGGACUUUGCCAGAAUACCGUGGGAUGACCCGUUUACGCUGGCAAGUUAUGCUGAUGCAUAUGUCAUGUCCGUGGGCGCUGGGGAUGACUACAUCAGCGCCUGGAGCCUCGCCAUGGCCGUCCCAUGGGCCGUGGAGGGGGAGGAGAUCAAGCAGAUGUCGCACUGGAUGGACAAGUUGGACAUUCCGGAUGACAUCCGCUACGCUGACCUCCUGCCCCAGGUACUCACACGCGGUAUUACCAGAUGGGCCACGCAUGCAUAG